CAUAUGGUAUUAAACCGACCCAAUUUCGAGGGGCGUCGGCCAUACCGACGAAAACGAAAGUGUAAUAACACUCCCUCGAGGCAAACCAAGACAAUAUAAAAACCUCCCGACGAAAAAUUUAACACAAACACACAACAUGGCUUUCAAAUUGGUAAUCCUUGCCGCCGCUUUCGUCUGCGCCAACGCCGGCCUUUUGCCGGCCGCCGCCCCCGCUGUGGCUUACUCAGCCGCCCCCGCCGUCUCGCACGUGUCUUACGCCAGCCCCGCAGUGUCUUACGCGGCCCCAGCCAUCACCUCCCAGCACUCCAACACUUUCCGCAGCUUUGCCAACUUGGGGCAAGUCUCCACCUACUCCAAGACCAUCGACACCCCCUUUUCCAGCGUGAGCAAGGCUGACGUGAGGGUCUCGAACCCCGGAUUUCAAUACGCCGCCCCCGUUGCCCAUGCCGCCGCCCCUGCCAUCGGCGUGGCUUAUUCUGCCGCCCCCGUCGCCCAUGCCGCCGCCCCUGCCAUCGGCGUGGCCUAUUCUGCCGCCCCCGCCGUCUCUCACGUGACCUACUCCGGGUUAGGGUUCAGUUACGGAUGGUAAUUUUUUGUUUCAAUGGAUUUUUAUUUAUUUUUGUAUUUAAUAACAUGUUUGUAAAUAAAAUAUGAAAAUAU